UCCUCUGCAGCAGCAGCCUGUGGGGCUGCCCCUUCUCCCCGAAGAUGCUUCUUGUUCUUGGUUUCCUGGCGUUCUGGGUGACUUCAGGAGUUUGUGUGUUUCAGGGCGAGUGUCCCCCUGACCCCCUUCCGUGUGAGAAGCUGUGUGACACGGACGAGUCCUGUCCCCAGGACCAUAAGUGCUGUAGCACCGGCUGUGGCCAGGUCUGCCGUGGAAACAUUCUGGGAGGGCGCGCCGGCAAGUGUCCCAAUGUCUUGGUGGGUCUGUGCAUCGUCACCUGCUUCUCUGACGAGCACUGCUCAGCUGGGAUGAAGUGCUGCAAGUCGGGCUGUGGCCGCUUCUGCGUCCCGACAAAUCUGCCGUCCAAACGGUCUGAACCCCAGUGGAGCCGCCCGGCUGGCGAUGCUGAGUUAGACGUCCCGAAGCCCUCGUCUUGAGCGUAUUGUUCAAGGAGCCCAUGGCGGCAGCCGGGAUGGAUGCUGUCUCUGGACCCUGACGGCGAGUCUCACCGCCCUUCCUGGCUGGGCUUCCGGGCCUGCCACGCUGGCU